UGCGAGCAGGGCUGUGUGCUGUGCGCAAACAAAGGAGCAUCAGGUUUCCCUGCCUGGGCAAUGGGCAGCCGGCUGCAGCAGCAGAGCAGGAGCUCCCACAGCACACCAGCGGCAGGGGGGAGAGGGCAGUGAGUGACCCAGGAAUCCCCGCUUCUCUCCCCCCAGGAGCAGCAGCAGGUGGAUGGGUCCGGCUCCAGUAACCUGAUGACGGAGACCCAGCGAGUGCCCAGUAAAUGCCCUGUAUUCAAGCGCAGUAUGGAAGUCUGUCUCAGUGUGCAGGCCCCAGUGACAAUUAUGUUCCAGACAUCUUAAACUCAGAGUUCAGUAAGUUCACCAUGGACCUUGUUAACAGUGAAAUUGCAGCUUCCACUUCAUUGCCCAGUUUCAGCACCUUCAUGGAUGGUUACACUGGAGAAUUUGAUGCUUUUCUGUACCAGAUACCUUCUUCAACACCCCAGUCAUCACUAAAGGUGGAGGAGUUUCAAGUGUUCGGUUGUUAUCCAGGUUCUUUCACAAAUCAGGUGGAUGAAACCAUGUCAUCGAGUGGUUCAGAUUAUUAUGGAAGCCCUUGUUCCAUCCCAUCUCCGUCUACACCAGGUUUCCAGAAUCCUCAAGUUCCUACAUGGGAGAGCUCUUACGGGGCCUACUCUCCAACUCAGAAUUAUGACAGCAUGAGACCAUGGACUGAUCAACAGAAAAACAGCAUUCCACAGUCUUCUUUUUUCUCCUUUGGGACACCAUCUCACAGCCCAAACAUGGCUCCUAAUUCUUUAAAGAUGACCCAAGGUCUACAUAGACUUGAACAGCAGGUGGUGGAUCCUGAGGUGUUUGCACUAGCACAAAGCUCUUCUGCCGGAUUUCCCACUAUACCUCUUGGUCAGGGGCCUGUGGUACUGGAUAGUUCGGUUGUAUUGGACGGUCCUCUAUCUCCCUCCAAAGCGCGGAGCCCAAGCUCAAAUGAGGGGCGCUGUGCUGUCUGCGGAGAUAAUGCUUCUUGUCAACACUAUGGUGUACGAACCUGUGAAGGAUGCAAAGGUUUUUUUAAGAGGACUGUACAGAAAAAUGCCAAGUACAUCUGCUUGGCUAACAAGGACUGUCCCGUGGACAAAAGGCGCAGAAAUCGCUGCCAGUUCUGUCGGUUUCAAAAAUGCUUAGCAGUGGGAAUGGUAAAAGAAGUGGUACGCACAGACAGUUUAAAGGGCAGGAGGGGUCGCCUUCCAUCAAAACCAAAGCAAGUAUCGGACUCUUCUCCGGUUAGUCUCAUCAACUCACUGGUGAGGGCGCACAUUGACACCAUCCCCAGUUCCAGCAAUUUGGAUUACUCACAGUACCAAGAGAACGUCCCCGUUCUGCUGGAGAAGGAGAAUCCGGUUGAUGUGCAGCAGUUCUACGACCUUCUCUCUGGUUCUUUGGAAGUUAUCCGCAAAUGGGCAGAGAAGAUCCAGGGCUUUGCAGAGCUUCCUAAAGAAGACCAGAGUCUUCUUCUGGAGUCUUCCUUCCUGGAACUCUUCAUCCUUCGACUCGCUUACAGCUCGAAGCCUGAAGAAGGGAAGCUGAUCUUCUGCAAUGGAGUGGUGCUUCAUCGCAUACAGUGUGUCAGGGGGUUUGGCGAGUGGAUCGACUCAAUCAUUGACUUUUCACACAGCCUCCAACGCAUGAACAUUGAUGUCCCAUCAUUUUCCUGUCUCUCCGCCCUUGUUAUCAUCACAGACAGACAUGGCCUGAAAGAACCCAAGAAGGUAGAAGAGCUGCAAAGCAGGAUUAUUAAUUGCCUUAAAGAGCAUGUACCAUCAAGCCCGAGUGAGCAGAACAGAUCCAACUGUCUGUCCAAGUUACUGGGCAAACUUCCUGAGCUCCGCACUUUGUGUACGCAGGGCCUCCAGCGUAUUUUUUACCUGAAGUUAGAGGAUCUUGUACCGCCUCCUCCUAUUGUAGAGAAGAUCUUCAUGGACACACUGCCCUUCUAAACCAGCACUGCACUUAUUUUUCUUUUAUUUUUCUUUCUUACUCGUACAAAGAAAAGGAAACCCACACAUGGACAGCGGUGAAUCCUGUUACAAACUCGUGAAACCUUUUCUUUGAUAUUAGGUGCCUAACCCAGCAAAUCCUUAUUUUUUUUCUUUUGGGAUUUUCUGGGACAUAUCUGAAGACUUUGUUUAUAAUAUUCUAUAAUAUCCAGAUGUGCCUUUGGCUAAAAAAAACAGACUUUUUAUUUUAUUUUUUUGUGUUGUCUUUUAUUUCACUUUUAAAGUAUUUUUUUUAAAUACUUGCAGAAUUCAUCAGGCUCCUAAACUGCCUUUCCUACAGAAUGCCAGGACUGGACCAGUCCUUGGUAAUAGACUUUAAUUCAGCAUCUAGGGAGGCGGCCGCCACCUUCCUGAUCUGUUAUCCCCUCUGUCUCGAAACAGGCCGAAAGGGAUGGACCCUAUUUCAGUCACAGCCAGUUUGUAAAGUCUUGUACAUACAUGAAGAGUGAACUGUACAUAGUAUUAAAAAAUACAAAGCUACCCCUUGUUAUGGUCACUAUGGUUUUCACAGUGUUUUGGGCUGUGUGUAAAUAUGUGUAAUUUUUGAAUAGAAACAUUUAUAUUUGUGUAUCCUACUGGAUUUACAGUAUGUGUUUUUCUGAUUAAUAUAUAUUUAAUAUAUUGAAUAAAAAAUGCUGUAAUAGUACCCAGC